CAGCAGCUUAACGUGACUCAGCAGAGACGGAGCUGAAACGUGAGUCAGCAGGUUUUCCUCGGUUUUCAGGAAAUGGAACCAGCGAGUCCAAGCUCCAUGCUGGAGCAUUGGGAGUACGUUGAUGAGCAGAGCAGCAUGAUGGAUUGUCCUGUCACCAGACCUUUUCCACCACCAGGCUCUCCGCUGACACACAGACCUUAUCCCAUCAUGCCUACACCCACUUCAGUUGCUAGUACAACAGGUUACUCAAUUAGUUUAAGUCCUGGGUCUACUGGUUCAGCAUCUGACUCUCUUGGAUCCACACCCUGGAAUCCUGUCAGCACUGCAGCUUAUCUGCACCUCUUGGGAGAAUCCUUGUCUUUGAUUGGAUACCGGCUCCAGGACACAAAUAAAAUGGUAUCUGUGUCUAGCAGCUUGUCCCUACUGUUGGACUCCUUGCUGUGUGCCUUGGCUCCCCUCAUCUGCCUCACCUCAGACAUCCCGGAGCUCAGUAACUGCACACAGCACACUCUGGUUGCUACUCUGGAGAACAUUGACUACUUGAUGCCUGGGCUCUGAGUGAAGGCUGUUGGGGGGGGGGGGGGGGGUCGUCUCUCGUACUGAACUAACUGCUGGGCCAUGGGCACGUAGGCAGUCGGUUCUGCUGCCUUUCUCUUUGCACCCAUCGCCAGGUGGAACAAUUUGGGUAGUGUGGCACCUUUGACAGCCUUCGCUGGGGAGACUCUCAGGCCUCCAGCCCCCGUCCACCACCUCAGAGUUCAGCAUUUUCCAGUAUGGUGCUGGUCCAGUUGAUUGGGCAUGAUUUGAAAAGGCACACACCUUUCUACAUAUAAGGUUCCACAUUUGACAGUGCAUUUAUUUUUCUGUUUAAAUGAGGUUUCUUUGUGUCUUUUUAUGUUAGUUUGAAUUAAAAGUAUUUGUAUGCAGUAUGAAUGUGCUUGAUUUCCUGGACAUAUUUCUGUAAUGCCUUCAGUCCGUUACUGAUCAUAGUUUUGGUCUUUAACUAUUUUAUAUACUAUGCCAACCCUUUCCCAGAAUUCCAGGGUGGAAAGGAGCUGUUAUUUAUGCUGUCUGAAUAGCAUAUUUAAGUGAUUGCUAACUGUGGAUGAUACCAAAGGUUGGCAUGCUCACCAUCUUCUUCAGGGGUGUUUUCACACUUGCACUUGUUGUUCUGGUUAAAAUGAACUCUGAUUCUGGUUAGUUUGGCCAGGUGUGAUCUCAUACACACCAAACCCUUGAGAGGAGAUGGUCUCAAACAUACUCUAGUGCAGUCUGACUGUGGCAAGAACACUGAGCUAAUGUGAACUCUGUAUAUCCAAAACAAACUUGUUGAGGUUAGUGAUGACAUAGUAUUAGUCUCUCCUCUUAA